AUAACAUUUAAAAGAUGUCCUUAGCGUUGGCAGGAGUGGUGCCUCCUUUAUAUGAAAGAAAUUAAGAGGCUACGAUUUACAUUGGUAAUUUAGAUCAGAAAGUCACUGAUGACAUAGUAUGGGAACUGUUCAUUCAAUGUGGACCUGUAGUUAAUGUUCAUAUUCCAAAAGAUAAAAUUUCUGGAGAACAUUAAGGUUAUGGUUUUGUGGAAUUUAAGAGCGAGGAAGAUGCCGAUUAUGCCAUCAAGAUUAUGCACAUGAUUAAAUUAUAUGGAAAACCCAUAAAAGUUAAUAAAGCAUCAUAAGAUAAAAGGACACAAGAAGUUGGUGCUAAUCUUUUUAUAGGAAAUCUAGACACUGAAAUAGAUGAGAAAACCCUUUAUGAAACAUUCUCUGCAUUUGGACAUAUUUUAUCAACUAAGGUAUUGAAUUCUCCAUUAUAUAAUAGAUUAUGAGGAAUCCUGAGACUGGAGUAUCUAAAGGUUAUGGUUUUGUCAGUUAUGAUAAUUUUGAAUCUAGUGAUGGUGCUUUGACAGCAAUGAAUGGAUAAUUUUUGGGAACCAAAAUUAUUCGUGUUGAAUAUGCAUUCAAAAAGGAUGCUAAAGGAGAAAGGCAUGGAAGUUAGGCAGAAAGAUUAUUAGCUGCCAAUAGGCCUUUAGCAUAAAAAGCACUUCUAGGAUUUGUAGGAUAUAUGCCAACAGAAUUGAGAAUUCCUUUACCUCCUCCUCCCUCCAUUUAAAUUCAACCUUUACAAGAAGGAUACAAACCUUUACCUUAAUAGCUUCCUGUCCCACUUCCACCUCCUCCUUCUGGAAUGCCUAAAUGA